CGUUUAGUGCUGUGAUUAGCUGCUGCCGUUGGAUUAGAAAGGAAGGGUGGAUAGGAGGGGGCAAGGUGCGCGCAAGAGGCAAGGCCCUGGAUCUCUCUCCGAGGAAUUCCUCUUCCUCUUCUUCUUCCGACUUCCCCAAUUCGACGACCCAAUGCGGCUGUAAAGUAUCUCCGCGCCCUAGGAGCUGCCGCCGUGCCGUAGCUCAGCGUCACCGCCGACGCCUCCAUCCCUCGACUCCUCCUCGUGUCGCCGCCAUCGCCGUUCACGAUCCACCACAUCGCCUCCCUGCCGUCUCGACCCCGUCCGCAGUUUUUGGCAUUUGGGUUAUGAGCACACUACUGAGUGAUAAUACCAUGGCUACAUCCGGGCAAAUCCAACCUCUCAAGAUCCCAGAUGCUGUCGUCGCGCUCGCCCAAGCCGCCGCAAAGGCAAAUGGUGAGACUGAAAAAUAUCUUCCAGGCUGGCCGUUGUUUUCGCCCCCUAAGAUGCAGCUGACCAAGUGUGCCAAGUGUUCAAGGGAAUUCUGUUCGUCGAUCGCCUUUAGGCGGCACACACGUGUUCAUCGCCGAGCUCUCAAAAUAGACAAGGAUUUCCCGAAGAAUAGAAACCAUGUUGCUGCAUUUUGGGAUAAACUCACGGUAGAUCAGGCCCAAACUGUUUUGUCCUUGGAGCAUGUGGUUAUAGAGGGUAUCAGUGGUUUUUCCAUUUUAACAGCAUUGUCAUCAUGGAUGUGUAAGCCAGGGUAUGCUUCAUUGCCACUGGCAUACGCCAGAGCUGGUAAUGAACUUCUGGACCUGAUUCAAACAACAGCUUCAAGACUGCCUAUCUCAUCAAAUGAACUAUUUAGCAUGCUCGAAGAAGCAAGUGAGAAUACAUUUCUUUGUACUAACACAGCUGACACUGCCUGUAUUCAAAAGUUUUUAUUUGAUGGGGAGGUUGACAAAGUUGCAACCGAGUUGAAAAACGUUGUUGCAUGCACUAGUUACAUGCUUGAGCAGAAGCUGGUCGAAGCAUGGUCUGCUGAUAAGGCUGCUGAAGCAUUAAGAUGCCAGAAGUUGCUUGUCGAGGAAGAGGAAGCUGCUCAGAAAAGGCAAGCUGAAAUGAUGGAAAGGAAAAGGAUGAAGAAACUGAGGCAGAAAGUACAGAGAUUGAAAGACCUCAAGGACGAGGAUGACAUGGUCCAUUUACCUGAAAUAGUUGAUGGUGUUACAGGCUCUCCUGGGAUUCAGAGUCUUGAUGAUACUUCAGGUCCUAGUCUUUAUGAGCAAGAAGAUACAGGGUAUCUUCGAUGGCCGACAGCAAUUCCUUCAGAGGGUAAUGUUUUCAAUGUAGAAGAUGCCAAUUGUGAUUCAGGACAUGCAAUGGAUACAGGUGUUGUAUUCAGGGAACAAGCUGUAUCAAUAGGUAAUCUUGACAGGCUAGAAAACCUUCUCCAUGAUGACACCGUCCCAAGUUCCGCUAUUACGUCGAAUCAUCCAUCUUCAGUACGUCAUUCACGUUAUAGGGAUCCAAAUGUCACUGCAGUGUCAAAUAGAAACAAAACCUGGGCAUGGAAAGUACGAACUGAUAUUGAAGAACGGUGCCCACAAGUUGAGUUAGAUGUAGAUGAUGGCCAUGGGAUGGCUCUGAACACAGACAAAAAGCCCCAAGUGCUAAUAGGGUCUAUAAGUGUUGCAAUUGACAACGGUGGUCAAUGUUUGCAGAGCUUGCCGCAUUCCAAUGAUUGCUCAACCCCUGAAUCUAAUUUGAACCAUCCUGUAGUCAAGGUGAUGCAACCAAUCAGCCGUGAUGAAAAUGGAUAUGAAGAUUCUAAUGAUAGUGAUGUUACGCCGACAGCAGAAAAUCAUUCUCCCUCCAGUGUUGUUACAGAUGAAAGAGGUUCAAGCUGCUGCAAGGCACAGUUGGCAGAUGGUGCAGACUUAGGGUGCACCAUGUUUUCCAGUAAAGAAGCGUCGGUCUUCCUUUCUCAAAGAUGGAAGGAAGCAAUCACUGGGGAUCAUGUGAAGCUUGCUUUGUGUCCAGAAAACUUGAUUCAUCGGCACCGGAGAGAGACGAUGUUGUCGUGGAUCUUCAGCCGGAAGGGGGCCUCGGGCUUCUCCUGGACCUCCACCGCCGACCAGGUCACCGCCGGCCUCUCCGCCUCCGGACUCACCGCCAUCGUCACCGGGGCGUCCAGCGGGAUCGGCGUCGAGACGACGCGCGUCCUGGCGGCGCGCGGGGCCCACGUCGUCAUGGCCGCCAGGAACCUCGCCGCCGCCGAGUCCGUGCGCCAGGCCGUCCUCGCCGAGACGCCCGCCGCCAGCCUCGACGUCAUGGAGCUCGACCUCUCCUCCAUGGCCUCCGUCCGCAAGUUCGCCGCCGACUUCGCCGCCAAGGGCCUCCCGCUCAACAUCCUCGUCAACAAUGCAGGAAUAAUGGCAACUCCUUUCUCCCUCUCAAAGGAUGGCAUUGAGAUGCAGUUUGCAACUAACCAUGUUGGGCAUUUUCUUUUGACACAUCUUCUGUUGGAGACCAUGAAGAAGACUUCUCGUGAAUCAAAUGUGGAAGGAAGAAUUGUUAAUGUGUCAUCAGAGGGGCACAGGUUUGCGUACCAGGAAGGCAUCCGUUUUACCAAGAUAAAUGAUGAGUCUGAGUAUGGCACUAUUGGAGCAUAUGGGCAGUCAAAGCUUGCAAAUAUUUUGCAUGCUAAUGAACUUGCUAAGAGAUUCAAGGAAGAGGGUGUUAACAUCACUGCAAACUCUCUCCAUCCUGGAUCUAUCAUCACGAACCUUCUUCGCCACCACAGUAUCAUCGAUGUUCUCCAUCGGACACUUGGUAAAUUGGUGCUGAAAAAUGCUCAACAGGGCGCGGCGACAACCUGCUACGUCGCGCUGCACCCGGAUGUGAAGGGUGUAUCAGGGAAGUACUUCAGCGACAGCAACCUGUACGAGCCGAGCGAGAAGGCCAAGGACAUGGAGAUGGCAAAGAAGCUCUGGGACUUCAGCAUCGAGCUCGUCACCUGAUUGAUGCUACCUCAGAGAUGACUGAUGGUAGGAAAACAAUGCAAUGUACAACAGCUGACGCUGAUAGUAAAAAACACACACGGAGUGUGCCUGAAAUCUGAUACAGAUGGGAUGAAACAUGGUCCUCUGAAUCGUGUUGUGAUGCACACCCAAAGAUGGUCUCUGAAUUUUAUCUUGUGAAUGGAAUCUGUGAGCCUAGUGAAUAUGCUCCA